CAAGUAGAAACCGCCAAGACAAAGCGAUUCCGGUUUUUCUUUGCAGUUGAGUGAAAAGCACUUGUCAAAAAAAAUAAUCACCGGUGAUGUUCACACCCAUAUGUGCGCACUAUUCCCAAAGUGGCGCAAAGUACGUAAAGUAGUAUUGUUAUUAUCUACAUUGUCACACAUACAUCCAUCUUGGCAGGAGUGUGCUGCCUUUAUUUUCUCACCUUGUAUUACCCCCGACGGCUUAUAACUGUCUGCUGUGCCCAGAGAGGAAAAACGAGAGCUACGGAGUGAGUAGCUUCUUUUUCCUAUUUCCGUUCUUUUUCUUUUUCUUUAUUGUUCAUGUCACAAUGAAUGCUUAUAACCCUCCGCCACCACCUUCAAUUUAUACUAAUCACCGUAAGUACCGCUAUAAAAAUAAGGAAGAAACGAAGCACGCUGAAACUCGGCUCUCCUAUUUAUUUGAUGCCUGUAUAUGAUACAAUAGCUCAUGGAGUUCGUCCCGGACCUGUUGCUGCACAACCACAACCACCACCAACGACACCUCACCCACAACAGUAUCGGCCUUCUUUGAAUGGAGGACCUAUGCGACCUCCACCGCUCGACACGUCUUUUAUCUACAACGGGUUUCCCUCUUCUCACAACAACAUGCACCACCAACAACCGUCAUAUUCACGAUACCCGCCGAACAACAUCUCCACUAACAGCAACAAUAGCGCAUACCCCGAGACACCCGCACUUACGAGCCGUCCACAAUCAAUGUACCAAGCACCACCGUCGUCAAACGGUAUAAGUGCUAAUAACGAAGCUAGCCAACGCUCACGCCGUAUAUCUGUUACAACGGGAGAUAAUGGAUGGAAAGUAUCGUCGAUAGGACGGUCUAACACAAACCUACAGCACCACCACCAUCAGCAGCAGCAUCAGCGACCAAUGACGACCGAAAAAUCCACAACAAGUUUUGAAGCAGGAAAUGGGUUCAAUGAUAGGCGAAUGCGGCGCCAAUCCACGGGAGCAACCGUUAUUGAACGUCCAAUCACGCCAGCAUACACUCCAAGAGAAUCCUACUAUGGAUACUUUUCACCGACACACGCGACCAUGUCACCUCAAGAGCCCGUUGCACCAACUAUGCCGCCACAGCCAACAAACAAAAGAGAGUCAUUUGUCGGCGGCUUUGUUUUGCCGCCUGCAUAUCCACGGUAUAGACCACAACCUCAACCUGUCCAGCAACAGCAACAGCAACAAAUUCCUCCUUAUACGCCAUCACAGCCUUCGCAUCCUCAACCACAGCAGUAUCCAGGACCAUCACCGUCAUCUUUGUCAUUUCAACAGCAACAACACCAUGCUUUUAGCAGUAACAGUUAUCCUCAACACCAUCAACAUACGCGUUCCAACAGUUCAUAUUAUGCGAGUAACCAACAGUUUAGCACUGCUGCGGACGAAAUAACACCUCCAGGUGGUGCCAUAACUGAGUACUCUGGUGCAUCUUUUUCUGCUCAGCAGUAUCCGAAGACAACCACGCACAGCCGUCAUAUGAACGUGCGCGAUCAGUAAGAAGCGUACGAUCAGUCAAGAGUAACAAGUCGAUGAAGAGUGUUGGUAGCACGCCUGGAGAAGCAGCAGCAGCAACAACAACAACAAAGCAACCUCCAGGUAUGUUAGCCAUGCGCGAAUUCAAAAAGAAUCUGUCAAAAUGACGUAUG